GUCGAGCAUAUGGUAAUCUGGGCCUAUCCCAUGAGUCUUUGGGAGAAUAUACAAAGGCAAUUAAAUACCAGGAACAGCAUUUGAGUAUUGCUGCACAAAUGAAUGACAGGGUCGCAAAAACACUGGCGUAUAGUAGUUUAGGGCGAGUGCAUCAUGCUUUAAACAAUCACAAGAAAGCUGUUGAAUAUCUCCGUCAAGGAUUACAAAUCGCCGAGCAGCUGGGUCGCAUGGAGGAUGAGGCAAAGAUACGUCACCGUCUGGGUCUCGCACUCUGGGGUAACAACGACCACGAGGAGUGCCAGCAACAAUUGUAUAAAGCCUCGGAACUGUUUGAAAGUAUUCGCCGCGAUGCCCAGUUUAACAGUGAAUACAAGUUGUCGUUGUUUGACCUUCAGACUGCCUGUUACCAAGCAUUACAGAGGGUGCUUGUUACACUGGACAGACAUCCCGAAGCUUUGGUUGUCGCCGAGAGGGCGUGUACACGUGCAUUUAUUGAUUUAUUGAUGGAACGGCAAGCAGGAAGUGAAGGUUUCUAUGGUAACCAUGUGACUGAUCCUCCACCAAUCACAACAGACCAGAUCCUCAGUAUUGUACAGAAACAGAAAAGCAUGGUUUUAUAUUUCUCGGUGGCGUCCGGUUUCCUCUACAGUUGGUUGUUGACACCAAGAGAUGGUAUUGUAAAGUUCCAUGUGACCAGUAUGACCGACAUAGAAAGUGAAGUGGAUGCGGGUGAUAAUAUCAGUAUGAAGUCCAGCGUCAGCUUCUCAGCGUGCUCGUUGCUUGACAACAUGGUCGGGCAGAUACGAGAGUCCAUGGGUGUGGAGAGCCAUGCUCCUAGUACACUAACAAGAGCCACACCAAGGUCAGUUAGUAUGGAGAAUGACAGUACAAGUGACGUGGAGGAUCAUUGGGAGCAACAACUGGAGGAACUUGGCGAUAAACUCAAUGCCGAGAAUGAUCGUACAGGAUUUCUCCGCAUCGUGAACAGAAAUCACUUGUAUAAUAGCAGUAACUACAGUCUCGGCAGCAUGUUCAGUUUAAAUAUGAGUUUAAAUGCAUCGUUCCCCGGUGCGUCAGUCAGUCGGAAAAAUAGUGUUCGCAGUAAAUUUGGAAACAAGUCUGCGAUAUCCGCCCUUUAUCAGCUUUUGAUUGAACCUUUCGAAGAAUCAAUGAAAGAAAUUACCGAGGAGGCGGGAUCUAGUCCUUCGGAUCUUAUUUUAGUGUUACAAGGAGAUUUGUUUCUUAUUCCGUUCUCAGUGCUUAGGAAAGACCAAACAAUGGAAUAUUUAUACGAACGUUUUAAUUUGAUUGUUGUGCCGUCAUUGACUUCACUGCAGAAUACUAAUAAGCAUGAUAAACAUGGCCGCCCUGUGAUAGAUUCGUCUGGUGCAGUUGUCGUUGGCAACCCUAAAUUGACACCUUCUAUAUGUCAGCAUUGGCAUUUACAUGAUAUUCCGUCGUCUGAAUAUGAGGCGAGAAUUGUCGGUGAAAUUUUGACAGCGAGACCUCUCAUUGGUCAUGAAGCGACAAAAGGGGCGGUGCUUAAUCAAAUUGAACAAGUAGAAGUGAUACAUUUUGCAACACAUAUUUCAUGGAAACUUUCGUCAGUGAUAUUAUCACCAGGUGAGGUAUCUUCGCACCCUCCAGCUAGAUUCCCGACAAUAGAUUCUGAUGAUAGUGCUAGUGAUAUAAGUUCAUUCGACGGACCAUCUUUAGCGGAAUACCUCUUAACAGCUGCAGAUAUACUCAACCUUAAACUUCAUGCCAAACUUGUCAUUCUCAGUUCCGGCUAUACAGACGACAGAGCAGGUCGUAUAAACACAGACGGAGUGGUAGGACUAACUCGUUCACUUCUCUCCGCUGGCGCUCAAUCGGUUCUGUAUUGUCUAUGGCCAGUGCCUGAUCAGGCUUCAAAACUUCUCAUGCGGACAUUAUACAUAGGUUUGCAAGAAGGCAAAUGUGUAUCACAAGCCUUAACUUUUGCAAUUAAGACAGUACAAUCAACAAAACAAUUUUCGCACCCGUCAAAUUGGGGUGGUUGGGUUUUGAUUGGUCAGGAUGUAAAACUCAGUAGCAAGGUAGCACAGAUGGGUCAUGCAAUAUGUGAGCUCCUUCAGCAUCCCAACCAGUGCCGAGAGGCCAUGAGAGUUCUCCUACAUUUGAUUGAGAAAUCUCUCCAGCGAAUACAUCAGGGCUCUAAAAAUUCAAUGUACACCACUGCCCAGUCUAUAGAGAACAAAGUAGGUGGUUUGAGUGGCUGGAAGGACCUGCUGCAGGCAGUUGGUUUCAGGUUUGAGCCCUCAUUGAAUGGCCUCCCACCAGCAGUGUUCUUUCCUCAGAGUGAUCCUGGUGAUAGACUAACUCAGGCUAGUGCCAGUCUACAAGCUUUAUUAGGUCUUCCAUCAGGGUCUUCACAAGCUCUCUCCAAAUUCUUGCAUAACUACGAGGCUGGGGAGGCUAUCAUCCGAGUUAUGAGAGACAUAUUAAGCAAGAUGGCUGCCAAAGAUUCCAUCAUGGAUGUGAAAGUAAAUGUUAAACUGUGGAGAGUGGCAGGAUGUCACGAGUAUCUUGCGUCCCUUAGUAUGGAUCUUGUUGAAGUUGGAAAUGAUGAAGUUACGCUACGCCUUGGAAAGCAGGCCAAUAAACGGCAGCUCCAGUUUGCUUUGCAGUCACUUGUUGCCGUAUUUGGUAAGAUAGAGAUUUUUAUAAAUAUUUUAAACUGGUGUGUUUCCUUCAAGACAAUGUUGAAAUAUUUGUAUUAUUUAUUACAGGGUGGUCUCACAGGACGGAAGGUAGGAGCGGGAAAAUCAAACAGAGCAGGUACAACCGACCCAGCAACCUAUCUUCAAUAUCAAAACCAGAUUAAAUACAUGUACAGAUCUGAAACACUUAGUCCUACGUAUGGUAAUGAUGUAUCUGUUGUUGCAUUGAGCGACAGUGACACUACAGCAAGUCCAACGUUAGGCAGCAGCUCUGCUAGCGAGAAAUUUCGGGAUUUGAAAAAUGCUGAAUCAUUUAAUUUUAGUUUUGACGGAAGAAGUGAAAACAGUAGUAUAAGCGAUAAAAGUGAAACAAGAGGGCAUAACAAUAGUGACACUAAAAGUGCUCUGUCAUCACUAAAUGGUGAUGAUUUUGAUGAUACCUCUGCAGACAACGAAACUGUAAUAAUCCAUGACGAUAGUGAUGGAUCGUUUAAAAGAAAUGGAGAAAAUAGAAACUCAGAUAUAUCUGACAAUAGCAGUGUAAGUCAAGGUAUACAGGCUGAUAAAGAUUUUGGUAAACAGGGUUCCGAUAUGUCGGAUGUCAGUAUGAGUGAAGGACGGUUGACUCCAAAAAAUAGACAGGACUUAGAAAAUUACUUACAAGUUACAGAUGAAUCUGGUAUUGUUUCAGAAACCACAUCAUCCAAUCAUAGUGAAACAUCUCAGCAAAGUGAGCAUACUACAAGUUACAGGUUUGAUCCAUCUGAGAUUGCUCAGAAAAUAAUGUCAGAUGUUUCGGAACAUAAAACUGCCCUGGACUCUAUGCAGACCUUUAGCAUGAUGCAAGCACAGGCAGAGUCACACAUCAUGAGAACUGAAUACCAAAAACAAACUCAGCAACUAAAUGAAACGUCUAAUGAUACCAAUUCAGCAGAAGUGAUUGGAAACAUGUCAAAUGAACAAAACACAGUACAGUCAAAAAUUGCAGGAUUUUCAGGCAAUACCCUAAGUCAUUCAGCUUUUACUAGUCCUACUCACAAAAGUCGUCUGCCUCCACCUGUUGCUUCAAAGCCAACAUUUCAAUCAAAUGCAUCAGGGUUUCGUAAUUUAUCAGCAAAUGUAUCAAAUUUAUCGUCACAACCUGUAACUGAGCAGAUGUCAUUUUCUUCAUCUAUCGCACAGAAAUCGAGUAAUCAAGCUGUGUCUGCAACACCGGCGUCGAGCAACAUCUUUACGACAACAGCUAUAACAGUGAGUAAACAAGACAGUUUCUCCUCUAGUACAAGCGCCAGUACCACAAUGUCAUUCAGUUCAUUUCGACCGUCUGGUAAACCAAGUCCCGCCGAAUGUCUUACCAAUGCCUCACAGCUUCGUCCCGAUAGUACCACCAGCACAAGUAGUCAUUGUUCUACACCGUCCUCUAUGCAGUCUGUCAUUUACCGACCAUGUGGUGAUAAGCGGAUACCCGAUUCUCCCUGCGUUGUAUCUUACGACUCUUCAAGUGAACAAACUUCUGGUUCAGGAUCAGCUAGCACAAUCACACCAACUGUAAGCAUGAAUGAGACUUUAGAUACUGCCCAGAACAUCAUGAUCUCGAAUUUGAAACGCGACUCAUCACCUGCUCUUAGCUCCUGCUCAUCAGCCUCAGGAAAAAGCGGGAAACAGAAAAAGAAAGUUAGCUUUUCUGAUUCUGAGCCAUCAGAUACUCCGUCACCUUUAGACUCGAGUGCAAGUUCAAAUCAGCUGUCAUAUUUCGAUUUUAAAAAGUCCGGUUUCAGCAAUAUACCACCCCGAGCUGGUGGUAUGCAACCUACUUUACAGUCUCAAAAGUCAUACCAAAAUUCAUCCAACAGCUCAUUAGAUAGUGCUGGAAAGUUGGCAGGUAACUCUCAAAGACCACCACCACCUAGUUACCAGUAUGCAAUCAGAAACUCACAGAUGCUUCAACAGAAUAAAUCAGCACAAGGGAAGCCAGGUGUGUUACAACAGUCACCAAGGCAUAGUUACUCAUCUAGCUCAUCUCUCAAUAAUUCUUAUGGAUGA